AUUAAUCUACAUGUCCAAGUUAAAAUAAGAGGACGACGUAACGAUAAUACCCCAAUUUUAAAUAUGCAUUUGUUUAGCCGUAAUAUGUAGCUCCUAGCUAACAAAUAAAAAUAGAACCAGGGUCAACCGUGGCUCUGAAAUUUAUGAUUUGGAAAAAUGUGCCCAGACACAGUUAAAACACACGAAUACAACUCGGUGUCACCGGGAAAUGUUUCUUUGUACCGACGUAAGGACACAAACCGGUAGUUCAAGGCGAGGCUAACCCGGCUAACAGCUAGUCGAAGGGUCUCAGGCCCGGUGGAAAGCCCCGCCUGUUCCCUCAGCUGCCCACCCGUGAGAGGUGGGCUGCACUCCGCGGCGGUGAUUGACGAGCCGGGGGGAGAAAGUGCAGGAAAACCGACUGAAAAAGCUUUAAACGGUUGUGUUUCGGUGUUGGCAUGAGUGGGCUGUGGAGACAUAACGGUCCUCUGAGUUCAUGCAGGCUGACGGGUUUAUCGGAUUAUGCGCUCAUUUACACGUUAAGAACAGCAGAAAUGUGGCGUCUCGACUGUGUUGAAGGAGGGGAAUCUGAUGAAACAGACCAGCUCGUUCCAGCGCUGGAAGAGACGAUACUUCAAGCUGAGAGGGAGGACUCUGUACUACGCUCAGACCGCUAAGUCGAUAAUCUUUGAUGAAGUUGACCUGAGCGACGCCAGCGUGGCCGAGUCCAGUACCAAGAACGUCAACAACAGCUUCACCGUCAUCACGCCCUGCAGACGUCUGAUUCUGUGUGCAGACAACAGGAAGGAGAUGGAGGAGUGGAUGGCAGCUCUGCGCAGCGUCCAGAACAGACAGAACUAUGAGUCCACCCAGUACAGCAUGGACCACUUCAGUGGGAUGCACAACUGGUACGCCUGCUCUCACGCCCGACCGACCUACUGUAACGUCUGCAGAGAGGCGCUGUCAGGAGUGACAUCACACGGCCUGUCGUGUGAAGUGUGUAAAUUUAAGGCUCAUAAGCGCUGUGCAGUCAGAGCCACCAACAACUGCAAAUGGACCACACUGGCUUCUAUCGGGAAGGACAUCAUUGAGGACGAGGACGGGGUGUCCAUGCCUCACCAGUGGCUGGAGGGAAACCUCCCCGUCUCAGCUAAAUGUAACGUCUGCGAUAAGACGUGCGGCAGCGUCCUCCGUCUGCAGGACUGGAGGUGUCUGUGGUGUAAAGCCAUGGUGCACUCAGGCUGUAAGGAGCAGCUGUCCUCAAAGUGUCCUCUGGGUCAGUGUAAAGUGUCCGUCAUCCCUCCGACGGCACUCAACAGCAUCGACUCCGAUGGUUUCUGGAAGGCGUCGUGUCCUCCGUCCUGCACCAGUCCUCUGCUGGUGUUUGUCAACUCGAAAAGUGGAGACAACCAGGGCGUCAAGUUCCUGCGACGCUUCAAACAGCUGCUGAACCCGGCGCAGGUGUUCGACCUGAUGAACGGAGGACCGCACCUGGGCCUGCGUUUGUUCCAGAAGUUUGAUACGUUCAGGAUCCUGGUGUGUGGAGGAGACGGCAGCGUUGGCUGGGUUCUGUCUGAGAUCGACGCCCUCACGCUGCACAAACAGUGCCAGCUGGGAGUCCUUCCUCUGGGGACCGGGAACGAUCUGGCCCGGGUUCUGGGCUGGGGUUCUGCCUGUGAUGACGACACUCAGCUGCCUCAGAUACUGGAGAAACUGGAGAGAGCCAGCACCAAGAUGCUAGACAGGUGGAGCAUCAUGGUCUAUGAGACUAAGUUUCCACGGCAACACUCGGCCUCCACGGUCACAGAGGACUGCAGCGACGACUCUGAGGUUCAGCAGAUUCUGACGUACGAAGACUCAGUGGCCGCUCACCUGUCGAAGAUCCUGACCUCAGAUCAGCACUCAGUCGUCAUCUCCUCCGCCAAGGUUCUGUGUGAGACGGUGAAGGACUUUGUGGCUCGUGUUGGUAAAGCGUACGAGAAGAACACCGAGAGCUCAGAGGAGUCCGAGGCCAUGGCCAAGAAGUGUGGUGUCCUGAAGGAGAAGCUGGACUCUCUGCUGAAGACUCUGAACGAGGAGUCUCAGGCCUCCACCGUGCCCCACCCGACUCCGCCCCCCACCAUCGCCGAGGAGCAGGAGGAGGCCGAGGGAGUCGUACUGCCCCCUCCUGUUCAUCAUCAUCAUCACCAUCACCCUCCUCCUCCUCCUCCUCACACCUCCUGCUCUCCACGGACCAACACCUCCUCCUCGUCUUCGUCUUCGGCCAUCUUUAAACCUCGAGAGCAGCUGAUGCUGAGAGCCAACAGUCUGAAGAAAGCCAUCAGACAGAUCAUCGAGCACACCGAGAAAGCUGUGGAUGAGCAGAACGCUCAGACUCAGCAGCAGCUCUUCUCUCUGAGUCGGGAGGAGGAAGAGGAGGGUCUGGUGGAGGAGGAAGAGGAGGAGGAGGCGGAGGAGGAUAAGAUGUCCCUGCAGUCGUCCUACAGCGUCAAACACCGCAACACUCGCAGAGUCAGUAAGACGCCCUGUGAGAAGCUGAUCAGUAAAGGCAGCCUGUCCUUGGGCAGCUCUGCAUCACUUCCUGUACAGACAGGAAGUAGGGAGAACAUGCCCAUGCUUAACACAAAGAUCCUCUAUCCUGGUCUCAGGGGUAUUUCGGGUUCUUUGUCCAGCAGUUCUGUGAUCAGUCGACUGCUGGUCAACGCCGACCCGUUCAGCUGCGACCCUGACAACAUGGACUGCUACACUGAGAAAUGUGUCAUGAACAACUACUUUGGAAUCGGACUGGAUGCUAAAAUCUCUCUGGACUUCAACAACAAGAGAGACGAACAUCCAGAGAAGUGCAGGAGUCGGACUAAGAACAUGAUGUGGUACGGCGUUCUGGGAACCAAAGAGCUGCUGCACAGAACCUACAAGAACCUGGAGCAGAGGGUUCUGCUGGAGUGUGAUGGGCGGCCGAUCCCUCUGCCCAGUCUGCAAGGCAUCGCCGUGUUGAACAUCCCCAGUUACGCCGGAGGGACCAACUUCUGGGGAGGAACCAAAGAGGACGACACUUUCACAGCUCCGUCCUUCGAUGAUAAGAUCCUGGAGGUGGUGGCCGUCUUCGGCAGCAUGCAGAUGGCCGUGUCCCGAGUCAUCAACCUGCAGCAUCACCGCAUCGCGCAGUGUCGGACAGUGAAGAUCACCAUCCUGGGUGAUGAAGGCGUUCCGGUGCAGGUGGACGGGGAGGCGUGGAUCCAGCCCCCAGGAUACAUCAAGAUCAUCCACAAGAACCGAACCCAGACCCUCACCAGGGACAGAGCGUUCGAGAGCACCCUGAAGUCGUGGGAGGACAAACAGAAGUGCGAGUUUCCCCGGAACCCCCCGCCUCAGCCCCCCUCGUCCUCGCAGCCAGAGAUUGUCUCUGAGGAGGAGGCGUCACUCAUCAGUGAGUUUGGCCAGGCAGCGGGAGCUCUCAUACACAGCAUCCGUGAGGUCGCUCAGUCUCAUCACAGUCUGGAACAGGAACUGGCUCACGCUGUCAACGCCAGCUCAAAGGCCAUGGACGUCGUCUACGCCAACUCCAAGAGCUCCGGGGCUCUGAGCUGCAGUGUUGUCCUUCAGAUGGUCGUUAACGUCAAAGCUUUACUGAGUGAGACUGAGCUGCUGCUGGCUGGAAAGAUGUCCAUGCAGCUGGACCCUCCUCAGCAGGAACAGUUGAACGCAGCUCUCAGUUCUGUGGCUCAGCAGCUCCGUCGGCUGGUUGACGUUUCCUGGUUGUGUCCUGUCGUCGACCCGUCAGACAAUGAGGGUCCUCUGACAGAUUUCUCGAAACGAAGUCGGAGCGCAAAAUUUCGUCUCGUCCCGAAGUUCAAGAAGGACAAAAACAACAAGAACAAAGAGACCUGUGCUACUCUGUCUCUCCCAGUUCACCAGUGGGGGACGGAGGAGGUGGGGGCGUGGCUGGACUUUCUGUGUCUCACUGAAUAUAAGGACAUCUUUAUCGGACACGACGUCCGUGGAGCCGAGCUCAUCCACCUGGAGAGGAGGGACCUGAAGGACCUGGGUGUGACGAAGGUGGGUCACAUGAAGAGGAUCCUUCAGGGCAUCAGAGAGCUCAACAGGAACAGCAGCGCGAGCGAGGCCUGACUGCAGCCAGCUGUCUGCUGCCCUCCUACCUCUGCUGCCAUCGACCACCUCAACCACCUGACCUCUGACCUCUGACCCUGAACCAGCAGCUCUGAGCGCGCUCACUGUGGACCAGGAUUCAUUCCGUCUCUCUGCUCAGCUCGGUGACACACACACACAGACACGUACACGUAUCACCUGGAGAACCAAUCAGAUCAUCCUCUAGUGCCUUGUCAUUUUACCCAACGACCAAUCAGAAGACCAGGAUUCAGAGCCAAACACUGUCGAAGGCGAAGGGCCGCAUCAGAACCAGGACGAUGGAGAGCGUCGGCCGCUUUGGAGCAGAAGAGACAUGUCCUCACCUUAUCCUGUCCAACGUGAGAUUCUGAACGUCCAAAGCUUGACGGCUUCCUCCUCGUCCCGUCCGCCCCUCAUGUCCUGGCACCUGGGCCAGCAGUUUGUCCACAGUCCUGCUGACCAGCACAGUAAAUGUUUUUGGAGUCCACAACAGGAUUGAAAACCUGUUCUGGCUGCUGUCUGGGCCAGAUGUGAGCCGGAUCUGGACUGUGGAUGGUUCAGUUUUUGAAUGUAGAGACAGAGAAGCAGCUCCACUUAACAACACUCCAUGUUUGCCAGUUUUAAGGCCAUAUUGAGACUUUCACUCGUGAUGUAGCUGCCACCUAACUGUCCAACCCCGGGCUCACCUGAGCAGCCGACCAAUCAGAACCUCCUCUGGUCCCUGACCGGCCAGGAUGCAGCAGAACCCUUUAAAAAUUCACACAGACAUUUUUACGUCCCCGGCCUGCCAAACAGGGACUGUCACUCUGUGAAACCAAGCCGGGGACACCUGAGGGGACGGACUCUGACCGGAUGGAGUCCGGGUCACAGAGUCUGACUGAGUUUUGUAGUUGAACAUGUAUUUAUUUCCUGUGUAAACUGCAGUUGAUAUUUAGAGUUCAGUUGAUGUCUUUGAAAAGCAGGAAGUGGUUGACGAACACAUCGGGUGGUCUGACGAAGACGCAGUGG